AGUGGUGAAUACAGCCUCAUUGCUGUCACCGAGAGCGGAGCAUAAACAAAUUGAUUAAAUGUACUUCUUGUUCGUGAUAAUUGUGUAUAUAUAUGCUUAAUAUGAAAAUAUUUCUGAAAUCCGUUUAGUUUAUUUGUAAUUUCAGUUCGUGUACAUGUUUGUGAUAAAUGUUUAGCCUGUUAUUUUAAAAUUAUAUGGUGUAUAUCAAGGACGGAAAUUAGACAUCAAAAUGGAAGAUCCUCAAAUUAGUAGACACAACGAAAGAUUCGAACAGAACAACAAUAAUGCAGUAGCCGAGGAAGAGGAAGGCGCCGUUAGUAAUUUCUGGUACGAAAAGCAUGAAAAGUGCGAUGAGCUAAGCGAAAUCAAAUGGACGGAGGAAGAAUACGAUCGGGAUCCACAUAGGGAAUUUUUUUACGACGCGUAUCGAUCCGAAACUACUACGCCCGAACUGGACAAUUCAGUGGAAAACGCUGAGGAAAUCAAAGAUGAGAGGAAGCCGCUUGCUCUAAUGGACGAUUGGGAGUUGUGGGAUUACAUGGAGGAAGAUGAGCUGAAGAAGCGUUUGAAAAACUAUCCCGAGCUUUUCGAGCAGAUUACUCGCAAGAGAAAACGGAAAGCUGCAUUCGACGAUGGAGACGACGAGGAUCUUUGUGCAGUGAUGGAACGUCACGCAAAAGUCACCAAAUUUGGAGAGCAUACGACGGUUUAUUAGGAGAACGCAUGCUAAUGUUUCUAUCGUAUUUGACUUUGUUUUCUGUCGAUCGUUUUAGGUAAUGAAUGUAAACUAUAGUCCCAUUGUAAAUAUAUAAGUUUAUGAAUUGAUUCUCAAAA